AUGGAUCUCACCAGCGACCUCACGUGGACACAGUUCCAACACUGCAAUCCCUGUGCCCAGCUCCCCGAUGGGGACACUAACUUCGAGCCCCAAAAUUUGUCGACGUACAAAAAUGUAACCUGCGGCCGCCGCGGGACGUGCAAAUAUUCUAUCGAGUAUGCCGAUGGCUCAUCCAGCAGUGGAACUCUCUCCACCGAUAGGUUCAAGCUGGGCAAGACAAUUAUCCCUUACCAAAUCCAUUUUGGGUGCGGGACCACCGAGUGGGGCAGCUGUGGCGGAAGACGGUCCACCGAGUGGGGCCGUGGGACCGUCACCGUUCCUAUGGUACAUGGGCCCAAAAAAGGCGCCUACUACCUCAACCUGCUAGGAGUCAGUGUUAAAAGUAAUAAUACCCUAUGGACAUCCCCACCCGACAUGGGAGGACUGAUGCUCGUGAACCCGCGGACAAUAGUGAUGAGGCUUCCGUCUGACAUGUACAAUGCUCUCGAAAGAGAGGUGCGUCGCUUGGUUCCUCAAUAUAUGAACCGAAAAAGAGAUCCAAUAGGGGUAUUCCAUCUGUGCUAUAGUGCCACACCAGAAGAAGAGGAUAAGUACUUACCUGAAACAAUCACUUUAAACUUCCAGGGUGGGAAUGUGAGGCUGCCUAGGGAAAACAUGUUUGCUAGACUCAAAGAUAAUAAUGUAGUGUGCUUGGCGGCCCUGUCGGCACAACGAAACGCGGAUAUUGUCUUUGCUUUGUGCAGACAAACUUCCGCGUGGGAUUCAAUCUGGAAAGGCGAGGACCGUCUCAUUCGAGCGAACGAAGAAAAAGAACUGAUCGAUGUUAUGAUGGAUGAAAUGAUGAUGAAUCCCCUUAGUAAGUACUCAUCGGCCGCUCUGGUUGUUCUCAUCGCAUUACUACUAAUUCCCCUUGUCCCGUUGUCCUCCUCAUCGACCAGUUUUAGCAUGGAACUAAUCGACCCGGCCAACCCUAAACACCCUUCUUAUCACCCUUCUCAACUUCACAACACCCUCCCACCCAUCAACACACCUGUACAAAUUGUGGGGUGGCAGUACUAUGUGAGCUUCUCGGUGGGCUCCCCGGCCACCGAACUCCUCGGAGCCAUGGACCUCGCCAGCGACCUCACGUGGGCCCAGUGCUGUUGUAUGUCCACGUACAAGACCGUACCCUGCAGCAGCGGCCGCUGCCUCCACCUGUCAUCAGGCUCCACCAAGUGCAGCGGCGGGACGUGCAAAUACUCUGUUUCAUAUGCCAAUGGCUCGUACAGCAAGGGAACUCUCGCCACCGAUACGUUCAAGCUGGGCAAGACAAUUAUCCCUUACCCAAUGCUCUUUGGGUGCGGGAAAGAAAACAACGGGCUGAUGGGCGUGGUCGGCCUAGGGGAGGGGAACGCCUCCAUCGUGGGGCAGCUGCAACGGAGGAGUUUUUCGUACUGGUUGCUGCCCAACGCAUCCAUUCUCACCAUUGGAGGGCCCACCGCGUGGGGCAGUAGGACCCUCACCCUUGGUAUGGUAAAAGGGCCCAAAAAAGGCCCCGCCGGCUACUACCUCAACCUGCUAGGAGUCAGUGUGGAGGUUGAUAAUAGCCUACGGACAUCCCCACCCUACAAGGGAGUACCGAUGCUCGUGAACCCGCAGACCAUACUGACUACGCUUCCCUCUCGCAUCUACGAUUUUCUCCAACGUGAGGUGAAUAUCAAGGUUCGUAAACAACUGAAACGAGCAAGAGAUCCAACAGGGGUAUUCAAGCUCUGCUAUAAUGCCAAAACAAACAACGAUACAAACUUACCUGAAACAAUCACUUUAAUCUUCCAGGAUGGGAAUGUGACUCUGCCUAAGGUAAACAUGUUUGCUAAACUCGACUAUGUGGAUGUAGUGUGCUUGGCGGCCCUGCCGGCACAAAAAGAUGACGUCCCAGUCUAUGGUGGCUUUGCACAGACAAAUUUCGGCGUGGGAUUCAAUCUGGAAUCGAGGGCCAUCUCGUUUAAGCGAAUCAAGAAAAAGAACUGA